CAUUCGCGUACUCGGCUGCGUCACGAAGGAGCAAUUUGAGGAAGAUUCAACUUUAUUUAAAAAGAAGGAAGGAUGCUGCAAGAUGAAGAUUACGACUCAGACACGAGUGACGAAGAUUUUGUGCCGCAAGAUUUCCUUGCCGAUGUUGAAGAUAAACCAAGCCCUCCACCUAAACCAAAGGCUUCAAGUUGGGCAGCCCUACUAGGGAAGAAGUCUUCAAGUAGUGCUAAUUCCACCUCUGCUAAUCCAGUUGCAGCGACAGUUACCAAGAUAAUAAACCAAGCACUGUAAAAAUUACAAAAGUGUUUGAAUUUGCUGGAGAAGAAGUAAGAAUAGAAAAAGAAGUAGAUGCCAACUCAGCUGAGGCAAAAGCUGCAACUUUAACUCCUGAGAGCAGUACAACAGUUGACAAGAAAGCUUCACCAGGUGGAGGUCUUGGGGGUGUGAAGCGACCUGCAGGAUUAUCCAACAUCAUAGGACUUCUGGAUAAUAAAAAGCAAAAGUUGACAACCUUAGAAAAGACCAAAUUAGACUGGAAUAGCUUCAAAGCUGAAGAAGGUAUUGAUGAAGAACUGGAAAGUCACAAAAAGAGUAAGCAUGGAUAUUUAGAUAAGCAAGCAUUUUUGGAAAGAGCAGAUAUAAGACAGUUUGAAAUUGAAAGAGCAAUGAGACAAAGUAAGAGAUCUAAUAGGUGAAAUUUCGAUGCAGAAGUGAGGCAGGCAUUGCAAUUGAUACUUAGCCAUUGCAUAAUAUCUCAAGGUUUAAGUAUUUUAUGUGUUAAGUAUAUGAACAGUAUCAGCUUUGUGUACCUUCCUAAAGGAAGACGGGUAUGACUUUCAGACAGUGGUAUCAUCUCAGUUAGUUGUGUAUACAUUAUAUUAUAUGAGCAUAAAGAAGGUCCAAUGGAAACCAUAUUCAUGUUUUCUUUGGUUUGUGAUGUCAGAAAUAUACUUUUUUUCCAAAAGAAGCUGGCAUUAGCAUUUGUGAAUGAUGCUGUGUAUGGAAGAACUACACAUGAUCAGGUGAAGGUGAAACUUACAGGGCACAGAAUAUGUAAUGUGAAAUCAGUUUGAAUUGCAGCCAGUAAGUCACUGAGACAUUUGUGUAAAAAAAAAAUCUAGAAAAUAAGACUUGAACAGUGUCAGCAAAGUGCUAAAGUUUAAAAUUUAGAUUUGUAAUUUUAUUGUUAGUUUUUAAAUUGGUGCAUGGGUCUAGAUAGAGUAGGCCCAUGAUCUCAAUUUUAUCACCCAUAAAAACCAUUAAAGUGUUAGGAAGAUAGUUGAUUUGUGCUUUCAUAUAAUCCCAGGAAACCUUAAACCUUUCAUUUCUAAUUUUUGUUGUAUUAAAUAUUUACUAUCCUAAGACUUAUAAUAUGUAGCUUCUCCCAUAGAAAAAAACUGGAUUGGUGGUGGGUAUUAGAGAAGAAAUUUACUUCCCAUGUCUGUAUAUUUGAAGAUUUGGAUAAUGAGAAAACAAAAACAAAGCUGUCAUUCCAAACCUGGUAAGUACAGAGCAUAUCAACUAUCUUGUUAGAUAAAAUAAUGAAUUUGAAACUAGUGAUUGAAUAAAAUAUACUAAAUGCUAAAGAACAUUUAGAAAAGGUAACUGAAAAUAUAUCUAAAAUCACUUGCCUAUUUUAAAAUCCUACUUUAUAAAUUCAAGAACUCAGUGUUGGAUAGUAUGGGUUCACACAGAAGAUUAAAUAUGAAUUAUAGUAAAUGGAAAAAGGAACAAUGACCAUGAUCAUUGUAUUCUGUAAUAUGCCUGUUGAUAGUUAGAUGUAUGAAUCCUCUAAAAAAAUAUGGACAUUUGGACUUCGAAGACCAGUUCUGUGUUUUGGAAGAGUUUGUCAUAUUGUUUGUAUUUGAAAUAAUGCUUCUCAGAGGUAUAGCAAUGUAAAAGGAUUAUUAUCUUCCGGUAUUCUACAUAAUUGAAGCAAAGUGAUAUUUCUUCAUAUUUUACAAUUUUGUAAGCAUUAAGGAAGGCAGAAUGUACCACUUAGCUGAAUAAUGUAAUUUCACCAUUCCUAUUCUCAUGGAACAAAAAUGUACAUGUAUUAUUUUUCAAUAAAAUAAGUUAGAAGUA